AUAGCAAGCAAUCGAAAGAAGAUGGCCGCUCCCACGAUUGUGGGGGAGGUCUCCACUGGGGAGGGGCAGAGGAAAUUCGGUCGAAAAAGAGAUAAACCUGAAGGAAAUAAAAUUGGCACGGAGACUGGGAAAGUAGUUUCCCUAAAGGAGUCUUAGAAAUAGGGUUGGUCUGGAACCUAAGGGGCGGAGCCGACGCGUAGAGCCGCUUUGCGCGUGCGCAUCACCUAGGCGGUUAGAUUUGAAUACUUCACUGAGGCGAGUCGGGCGUUGUGAGCGGACUGCUAGAGGCGGCGCUCUGUUUCCGCUCUGAGGGAACUCAGAGCGUGUGGACCCCAAACAAGUCUGCGCAAAAUUUGUCGAGGAGGUUGGCCGCGGCAGAAAAGUUUUCUUCAAAAAUGGAUGGGGUGUCUUCAGAGGCUAAUGAAGAAAAUGACAAUAUAGAGAGACCUGUUAGAAGACGGCAUUCUUCAAUUUUGAAACCCCCAAGGAGUCCUCUUCAGGACCUCAGAGGUGGGAAUGAAACAGUUCAGGAAUCCAAUGCUUUGAGAAAUAAGAAAAACUCUCGUCGAGUCAGCUUUGCAGAUACUAUAAAGGUAUUCCAGACGGAGUCUCAUAUGAAAAUAGUGAGAAAGUCAGAAAUGGAAGAAACAGAAGCAGGAGAAAAUCUUCUUUUGAUACAGAAUAAGAAAUUAGAAGAUAAUUACUGUGAAAUUACUGGGAUGAACACAUUGCUUUCUGCUCCCAUUCAUACCCAGAUGCAACAGAAGGAGUUUUCAAUUAUAGAACAUCACCAUGAAAGGAAACAUGCAAAUGACCAGACAGUCAUUUUUUCAGAUGAAAACCAGAUGGACCUGACAUCAAGUCACACUGUAAUGAUUACCAAAGGCCUUUUAGAUAAUCCCUUAAGUGAAAAGUCCACCAAGAUAGAUACCACAUCAUUUCUAGCUAAUUUAAAGCUUCAUACCGAGGACUCAAGAAUGAAAAAAGAAGUAAAUUUUUCCGUGGAUCAAAACACUUCUUCAGAAAAUAAAAUAGAUUUCAAUGACUUCAUAAAAAGAUUGAAAACAGGAAAAUGUAGUGCUUUUCCUGAUGUGCCUGAUAAAGAAAAUUUUGAGAUACCUAUUUAUUCCAAGGAACCGAACAGUGCCUCUUCUACACAUCAAAUGCAUGUAUCUCUUAAUGAAGAUGAGAAUAACAGUAAUAUUACUAGGAUCUUUAGAGAAAAAGAUGAUGGGAUGAAUUUCACCCAGUGUCAUACAGCCAAUAUUCAGACAUUGAUUCCCACAUCCAGUGAGACCAACUCACGGGAAUCUAAAGGUAAUGAUAUUACAAUUUAUGGCAAUGACUUUAUGGACUUGACAUUUAACCACACUUUGCAGAUUUUACCUGCAACAGGUAAUUUUUCUGAAAUAGAAAGUCAAACUCAGAAUGCCAUGGAUGUAACAACAGGUUAUGGAACUAAAGCUUCAGGAAAUAAAACAAUUUUUAAGAGUAAACAAAAUACUGCUUUUCAAGACCUUUCCAUAAACUCUGCAGACAAAAUACAUAUUACCAGAAGUCAUAUUAUGGGGGCAGAAACUCACAUAGUCUCACAGACUUGUAAUCAGGAUGCCAGAAUAUUAGCCAUGACCCCAGAAUCUAUAUGUUAUAAUCCAUCUAUUCAAGGUUGUAAGACUGUUUUCUAUUCUAGUUGUAAUGAUGCCAUGGAAAUGACCAAAUGUCUCUCAAAUAUGAGAGAGGAGAAAAAUUUGCUAAAGCAUGACAGUAAUUAUUCUAAAAUGUAUUGCAAUCCAGAUGCUAUGUCUUCUCUCACAGAGAAAACUAUUUAUUCCGGAGGGGAGAACAUGGACAUUACCAAGAGUCAUACAGUUGCAAUAGAUAAUCAGAUUUUUAAACAAGAUCAAUCAAAUGUGCAAAUAGCAGCUGCACCAACACCUGAAAAAGAAAUGAUGCUCCAAAAUCGUAUGACCACAUCAGAAGAUGGGAAAAUGAAUGUAAAUUGUAACUCAGUUCCUCAUGUAUCUAAGGAAAGAAUACAGCAGAGCCUGUCAAAUCCUUUGUCUAUUUCAUUGACUGAUAGAAAGACUGAACUCUUAUCAGGUGAAAAUACGGAUUUGACUGAAAGUCACACAAGUAACUUAGGAAGUCAGGUUCCUCUUGCAGCUUAUAAUCUAGCACUGGAGAAUACCAGUGAAUCUCACUCUCAGAGCAAAAGCUCUUCAGAUGAAUGUGAAGAAAUUACCAAAAGUCGUAAUGAACCAUUUCAACGAUCAGACAUAAUAGCCAAAAACAGCUUAACCGACACCUGGAACAAAGACAAAGAUCGGGUUUUGAAGAUUUUGCCCUACCUUGAUAAAGAUUCUCCUCAGUCAGCUGAUUGUAAUCAGGAGAUAGCAACAAGCCAUGAUAUAGUCUACUGUGGUGGAGUUCUUGAUAAACAAAUAACUAAUAGAAAUACAGUAUCAUGGGAACAAUCUUUGUUUUCUGCCACAAAGCCAUUAUUUUCAUCAGGACAGUUCUCUAUGAAAAAUCAUGAUACUGCUAUAAGUAGUCAUACAGUGAAAUCUGUACUAGGCCAGAAUUCUAAACUGGCUGAGCCAUUGAGGAAAAGUUUAAGCAAUCCCACACCUGACUAUUGCCAUGACAAGAUGAUUAUAUGUUCAGAGGAAGAGCAAAAUAUGGAUCUAACAAAGAGCCACACUGUUGUCAUUGGAUUUGUUCCUUCUGAACUACAAGAACUUGGUAAAACUAAUUUAGAACACACUACUGGCCAGCUAACAACAAUGAACAGACAGAUAGCUGUAAAAGUUGAAAAAUGUGGUAAAAGUCCCAUAGAAAAAAGUGGAGUACUUAAAUCUAACUGUAUUGUGGAUGUGUUAGAGGAUGAAAGUAUACAGAAACCUAAAUUUCCAAAGGAAAAGCAAAAUGUCAAAAUUUGGGGAAGGAAAAGUGUUGGUGGACCAAAAAUUGAUAAGACUAUUGUAUUUUCAGAAGACGAUAAGAAUGAUAUGGAUAUCACGAAGAGUUAUACAAUAGAAAUAAACCAUAGACCUUUAUUAGAGAAACGUGAUUGUCAUUUGGUGCCAUUGGCAGGAACUUCUGAAACUAUUUUAUAUACAUGUGGGCAGGAUGACAUGGAGAUCACUAGAAGUCACACAACUGCCUUAGAAUGUAAAACUGUCUCACCAGAUGAAAUAACUACUAGGCCUAUGGACAAAACUGUAGUGUUUGUAGAUAAUCAUGUUGAACUAGAAAUGACAGAGUCCCAUACUGUUUUCAUUGACUACCAAGAAAAGGAAAGAACAGACAGACCUAACUUUGAACUAUCCCAAAGGAAAAGCCUAGGAACACCAACAGUGAUAUGUACUCCUACUGAGGAGAGUGUUUUCUUUCCAGGAAAUGGUGAAAGUGACCGUCUAGUAGCAAAUGACAGCCAGCUAACCCCUCUGGAGGAAUGGUCUAAUAAUAGGGGCCCUGUAGAGGUAGCUGAUAACAUGGAAUUGUCUAAAUCAGCCACUUGCAAAAACAUCAAAGAUGUACAAAAUCCUGGAUUUCUGAAUGAACCUCUAUCAGGCAAAAGUCAGAGAAGAAAAAGCCUUAAGCUAAAAAAUGACAAGACCGUUGUAUUUUCAGAGAAUCAUAAAAAUGAUAUGGAUAUUACCCAGAGUUGUAUGGUGGAAAUAGAUAACGAAAGUGCCCUGGAGGAUAAAGAGGACUUCCAUUUGGCAGGGGCUUCUAAAACUAUUUUGUAUUCAUAUGGGCAGGAUGACAUGGAGAUCACUAGGAGUCACACAACUGCCUUAGAAUGUAAAACUCUCCUGCCAAAUGAAAUAGCUAUUAGGCCCAUGGACAAAACCGUAUUGUUCACAGAUAAUUACAGUGAUCUGGAAGUCACCGAUUCCCAUACUGUUUUCAUUGACUGUCAAGCCACAGAGAAAAUACUUGAAGAAAACCCUAAAUUUGGAAUAGGAAAAGGAAAAAACCUGGGUGUUUCCUUUCCUAAGGAUAAUAGCUGUGUUCAAGAAAUCGCUGAAAAACAAGCACUGGCUGUAGGAAACAAAAUUGUUCUUCACACCGAGCAAAAGCAACAACUCUUUGCUGCUACUAAUAGAACUACUAAUGAAAUCAUCAAAUUUCAUAGUGCUGCUAUGGAUGAAAAGGUCAUAGGGAAAGUUGUAGACCAGGCCUGUACAUUGGAAAAAGCGCAAGUUGAAAGCUGUCAGUUAAAUAAUAGAGAUAGAAGAAAUGUGGACUUUACAAGUAAUCAUGCAACUGCUGUUUGUGGAUCCAGUGAUAAUUAUUCCUGUUUACCAAAUGUUAUUUCCUGUACUGAUAAUUUGGAGGGUAGUGCCAUGCUCUUAUGUGAUAAAGAUGAGGAAAAAGCCAAUUAUUGCCCAGUGCAAAAUGAUCUUGCUUAUGCAAAUGAUUUUGCCAGUGAAUAUUACUUGGAAUCUGAGGGACAGCCUCUCUCUGCUCCUUGUCCUUUGUUAGAGAAGGAAGAAGUUAUUCAAACCAGUACCAAAGGACAGUUAGACUGUGUCAUAACACUGCACAAAGAUCAAGAUCUGAUUAAGGAUCCACGAAAUCUAUUGGCUAAUCAAACUUUAGUAUAUAGUCAAGAUCUGGGGGAGAUGACUAAAUUUAAUUCAAAGCGAGUAUCUUUUAAGCUUCCAAAGGAUCAAAUGAAAGUCUAUGUUGAUGACAUUUAUGUUAUUCCUCAGCCUCAUUUCUCAACCGACCAACCUCCAUUACCUAAAAAAGGACAGAGUAGUAUCAAUAAAGAAGAAGUAAUACUGUCUAAAGCUGGAAAUAAGAGUUUAAAUAUUACAGAAAAUUCCUCUGCACCCAUAUGUGAAAACAAGCCCAAAAUACUCAAUAGUGAGGAAUGGUUUGCUGCAGCCUAUAAAAAAGAACUGAAGGAAAAUAUUCAAACAACUAACUAUAAUACAGCUCUAGAUUUCCACAGUAACUCAGACGUAACUAAGCAAGUCAUUCAAACUCAUGUCAAUGCUGGAGAAGCACCAGAUCCUGUAAUUACAUCUAAUGUUCCAUGUGUUCAUAGUAUCAAACCAAAUCUGAAUAAUUUGAAUGGAAAAACUGGAGAGUUCUUAGCCUUUCAAACUGUUCAUCUACCACCCCUUCCAGAGCAAUUACUUGAAUUAGGAAAUAAGGCACACAAUGAUAUGCAUAUAGUGCAAGCUACAGAAAUACAGAAUAUUAACAUAAUCUCCAGCAAUGCUAAAGAUAGUAGAGAUGAGGAAAAUAAAAAGUCUCAUAAUGGAGCUGAAACCACCUCUCUACCGCCAAAGACAGUUUUUAAAGAUAAAGUAAGGAGAUGUUCUUUGGGAAUCUUUUUGCCUAGAUUGCCCAACAAGAGAAAUUGUAGUGUCACUGGUAUUGAUGACCUGGAACAGAUUCCAGCAGACACAACUGAUAUAAAUCAUUUAGAAACUCAGCCAGUCUCUAGCAAAGAUUCAGGCAUUGGAUCUGUUGCAGGUAAACUGAACCUAAGUCCUUCUCAAUAUAUAAAUGAGGAAAAUCUUCCUGUAUAUCCUGAUGAGAUCAAUUCUUCAGACUCUAUUAACAUAGAAACUGAGGAAAAGGCUUUGAUUGAGACAUACCAAAAAGAGAUUUCACCAUGUGAAAAUGAAAUGGGAAAAACUUGCAAUAGCCAAAAAAGAACGUGGGUACAAGAAGAAGAAGAUAUUCAUAAGGAGAAAAAAAUCAGAAAAAAUGAGAUUAAGUUUAGUGAUACGACACAAGAUCGGGAGAUUUUUGAUCACCAUACUGAAGAGGAUAUAGAUAAAAGUGCUAACAGUGUAUUGAUAAAAAACCUGAGCAGGACCCCAUCUAGUUGCAGCAGCUCUCUGGAUUCAAUCAAGGCUGAUGGGACCUCUCUGGACUUCAGCACUUACCGCAGUAGUCAAAUGGAAUCACAGUUUCUCAGAGAUACUAUUUGUGAAGAGAGCUUGAGGGAGAAACUCCAAGAUGGGAGAAUAACAAUAAGGGAGUUCUUUAUACUUCUCCAGGUCCACAUCUUGAUACAGAAACCCCGACAGAGCAAUCUCCCAGGCAAUUUUACUGUAAACACACCACCUACUCCAGAAGACCUGAUGUUAAGUCAAUAUGUUUACCGACCCAAGAUACAGAUUUAUAGAGAAGAUUGUGAGGCUCGUCGCCAAAAGAUUGAAGAAUUAAAGCUUUCUGCAUUGAACCAAGAUAAGCUGUUGGUUGAUAUAAAUAAGAACCUGUGGGAAAAAAUGAGACACUGCUCUGACAAAGAGCUGAAGGCCUUUGGAAUUUAUCUUAACAAAAUAAAGUCAUGUUUUACCAAGAUGACUAAAGUCUUCACUCACCAAGGAAAAGUGGCUCUGUAUGGCAAGCUGGUGCAGUCAGCUCAGAAUGAGAGGGAGAAACUUCAAAUAAAGAUGGAUGAGAUGGAUAAAAUACUUAAGAAGAUCAAUAACUGCCUCACUGAGAUGGAAACAGAAACUAAGAAUUUGGAGGAUGAAGAGAAAAACAAUCCUGUGGAAGAAUGGGAUUCUGAAAUGAGAGCUGCAGAAAAAGAAUUGGAACAGCUGAAAACUGAAGAAGAGGAGCUUCAAAGAAAUCUCUUAGAACUGGAGGUACAAAAAGAGCAGACCCUUGCUCAAAUAGACUUUAUGCAAAAACAAAGAAAUAGAACUGAAGAGCUACUGGAUCAGUUGAGCUUGUCUGAGUGGGAUGUCGUUGAGUGGAGUGAUGAUCAAGCUGUAUUCACCUUUGUUUAUGACACGAUACAACUCACCAUCACCUUUGAAGAGUCAGUUGUUGGUUUCCCUUUCCUGGACAAGCGUUACAGGAAGAUUGUUGAUGUCAAUUUUCAAUCUCUGUUAGACGAGGAUCAAGCUCCUCCUUCCUCCCUUUUAGUUCAUAAGCUUAUUUUCCAGUACGUUGAAGAAAAGGAAUCCUGGAAGAAGACAUGUACAACCCAGCAUCAGUUACCCAAGAUGCUUGAAGAAUUCUCACUGGUAGUGCACCAUUGCAGACUACUUGGAGAGGAGAUUGAGUAUUUAAAGAGAUGGGGACCAAAUUAUAACCUAAUGAACAUAGAUAUUAAUAAUAAUGAAUUGAGACUUUUAUUCUCUAGCUCUGCAGCAUUUGCAAAGUUUGAAAUAACUUUGUUUCUCUCAGCCUAUUAUCCAUCUGUACCAUUACCUUCCACCAUUCAGAAUCAUGUUGGGAACACUAGCCAAGAUGAUAUUGCUACCAUUCUAUCUAAAGUGCCACUGGAGAACAACUACCUGAAGAAUGUAGUCAAGCAAAUUUACCAAGAUCUGUUUCAGGACCGCCAUUUCUACCACUAGACCCUUGGACCACCAUUGGAACAACCAAGCAGAAUGUACUUGAUAUUAUUUCAGGGUCCCAUUGCUGUUCAGCCUUUGUUUUUAGGUCAUUACAAACUGAGUAAAAUUGCUUCUGAUGAUGUUAUAGUUAAUCUGUAUGUUUUUUAGAUCUCUGCAGAAUGAUGGUGAUGAAGUCUGGAUGGUAGGCCUCAUAGCCUACUAUCAACUUACUCAUCUUUGUACCAAAGGUUUAAGUAAUAGGACACUUAGGAAAAAUGUCUCCUAACUAAACUAGUGCUUUCUGCUUUAGUACAAGCCCUAAGGAUUAACUUAAGUAUAAGAAGUGUUAUCACUGACAAGAACAUUAGCCACUUUCCCAUAACUAGAUAGAGCUAUGAUUUUUUAGGUUGCCUGGCUUCUGCCUAGCAGAUAUUUCUGGAGUAGAAAUGUAUCUGUCUACAAACUAUUAUCCUUUUUCUCCGUUACUAAAAUGCUAUUAAGAGAAAGUAGGGCUGGGUGCGGUGGCUCACACCGGUAAUACCAGCAGUUUGGGAGGCCAAAGUGGGUGAAUAGCCUGAGUCCAGGAAUUCAAGACCAGCCUGGGCAACAUGGCAAAACCCCACCUCUACAAAAAAUACGAAAGUUAGCCAGUCAUGGUGGCUUGCGCCUGUGGUCCCAGCUACUUAGGAGCUUAAGGCAGGAGGAUCACUUGAGCCCAGGAGGCAGAGGUUGCAGUAAGCCGAGACCAUUCCACUGCACUCCAGCCUAGGCAACAGAGCAAGACCCUGUCUCAAAAAAACAAAAAGAGAGAAAGCAAUAGCACUCAGCUAUUGAAAUGGUUGCCAUCUUUUUUUGAGGGCUUUGGUUUUUAUUCUAUGGUGUCUAUUAUGUUUUCUUUUUCUUUUUUUUUUUGAGACGGAGUCUUGCUCUGUCACCCAGACUGGAGUGCAGUGGCAUGAUCUCAGCUCACUGCAAGCUCUGCCUCCUGGGUUCACGCCAUUCUCCUGCCUCAGCCUCCCGAAUAGCUGGGACUACAGGUGCCCACCACCAUGCUGGGCUAAUUUUUUGUCUUUUUAGUAGAAAUGGGGUUUCAUGAUGUUAGCCAGGAUGGGCUCGAUCUCCUGACCUCGUGAUCCGCCUGCCUCGGCUUCUCAAAGUGCUGGGAUUACAGGUGUGAGCCACCACACCCAGCAAUGUUUUCUUAAUAAGUAUAGUUUUUCUAGGGAAAGUUAAUUCAUUUUUGUCUAGUACAUAUAUGUAAAUAUAUUAAUGUUGUUUUUGUGUUUGUGAUGUAGUAAGGAGAUGUAUAUAGAAAUUCAUUGAGGUAUAUAGAUACUCAUCUGUCUAGGCAGUUCCCAAUUUUCUGAAGAAUGUUUUACAGCAAAAUUUUCUAUUUUCUUUUAUUAAAUAAUGACACGUCAAACAAUGUCACAUCCAAAACACUAGUUUCAUCAAUUUCUAGCAGUAAUAAUAGACUUGCUGUAAGUAUUGUUUUCUGAUGCCAUACCCUUGUCAUACAUAUUAUUAAAUGACCAAUAUUAUGUAUGAAGUAGACAAAAAAAUUUACUCAAACUUCAUUCACAUCCUAAUUGUGAUAAUUUUUGUUUUAUAUUUAAUUAUAAACCAAAAUACAUUUGCAUUUUUAAGCUAAUUUGUCUCAAAAUUUUGCUUUAUGUUUUCGGAUCAGGUUAAAGUCCUGUGGAUCCCCUGAAUGUUAUUGUCCCUCUUGAUUGGUUUUUACUUCUGAGCUAUAUGUCAAAAGACACAUAAGCUUCAAAAGUCAAGACAAACCUCAUUUGCCAUAAAAAUCAAGAUAUAGAUGUUCUGUUCCGUAAACUCCUUGAAAAACAUUUUAAAGUCAUCAGUAUGAUCUGUUUCCCAUGAAACUUAAGUUAGCUUUCGGAGUUAUUUCUUUUCUGUAAGUCUGAAAAGUAGAGAUUUUGUUUUAUGCAUUUUAGUAACCUGCAACAACCAACUCUAAAAAAGAUUUGGCUUGUAAUGACGGUCUCUGCUUUUUUGGGUUUGGAGUACACAAUUGUAAUAUUUACUUAGUUAUUUGUGUUUUUCUUUGUUCAAGGUAUUGACUAGUUUCAUAAAUUUUUUGAAAGUUUUUCUUUCAUUGGUUGGAAAGCAGAUUACAUUUUGCACUAUUAAAAUAAGUUUAUUACUUGAAA